AUGGCGAGUAACCCGCAGUCCUCAGGGUCACAGGUCCUCGUCCAUUCUUCUGAUAUUUUACCUUUCCUUUUUUCGUUGGUACACUUAAUCCACUUGCUGUUUCACUGAGAUCAUUGCCUCUGGAACAGCCACUCCGGCCUCCUGUAGUAGGAUCGCCUGGUGGCCCUCCUCUUCAGAACUUUGGACCGCCAAUGUCUAUGCAGGUGAGGAAGGUAAUCUUUUUUUGUAUGUUUCCAGACUUAUGCAUAUGCUGGUUGGGCUUUGUUUUCAUGGAAGGUAACAUUUUAUUUUGCUUACUCCAGUAUAGACCUGUAGUCCAACCUCAGCAGGCACAACAGCAGUAUAUGCCACCAGUACCCCAGCAGUAUUCUCAGAUUGGUCCACCCAUGCCGAACGUUGGGAUGCCCCCCGGCCAGCCACAGUUACAACAAUACUCCCAGCCAGGACAACAACUACCCCCAAGGCUGGUUCAACCAGGUCAAGGUCCUCCUGGAUCGCAGCCUGUUCCAGUGCCAUAUGCCCAGCAUGGCAGGCCAGUUUCCUCAGGGAUGAUGCAACCACAACAAAACGUUCAGCCACCAGCUAGCCAUGUGCCUGCUAUGGGUGGGCCAACGAUGCCUUACAAUGUCAGCUCGUCAUACACUGUAGGACUUCUUUACCAUAAGUUGAACUUUUACUUUUGUAAGAGUCCACUUGAUUUAAUUUCCUUACCCUGGAAGAAAAUUAUGUUUUUGAAUGUAGUAUACAACAUCUUAUGGGCAACCGCAGAGUAGCAUUGCUCCCCUCACCCAAUACCAGCAAAUGCCCCAAAUGCAUGCACCUCCGGUUGCUCCAGGAGCACAACAACCUUGGUUACAAACAGGAAGUCAGAGUACACCAUUGUCUACGGCAAUGCUGCAAGGUGUUCAACAGCCUUCAGUCUCAACGGGUUCCAUUCCUGUAAGAUAAAUUAUUCUCUCCCUCUUUCUCUCUCUCUUUAUAUGUCUGCUGAUUAUUUUACAUUCAAAAUCAUUUUAUUCGUCAUUACCUUUGAUGCCAAGUCGCCUUGAAGUUUCUGUUUUUAUCCUGAAUAUUCCCUUUUAAAAUGGCCGCUCUACAGACGAGUUCCACUCAGCAGUCGACUGAUUGGCAAGAGCAUGCCUCUGCUGAUGGGAAAAGGUAUUUUAAUAGGUUGUACUGAAGAUCUAGGUUCCACUUUAGUUUCAUGUCUCGGACUUCAAUGAUUUGUUUCAUAACUUCUUGAAUAUUGCAGGACAGAUUUUUUAUUCUUGUAAUUGUUCAUCUUUUAAAGUUUUUUCCCUUCGUCUUAACUCUUAGGUAUUACUACAAUAAGAAAGUGCUCUUCAUCUUAACUUUUAGGUAUUACUACAAUAAGAAAACGAGACAAUCAACUUGGGAGAAGCCUCUUGAGCUGAUGACACCGAUUGAGGUGAGUUAAUUGCUAUGCAUUUUUGACCUAUUAAUACCCUAUUUAUAGCAUCAACAUUUAUUUAUUUGAUGUUCACACAAUGGAAUGUAUAAAUGUUUAGACUAACUUUAUUUACUGUUCUUGACUGUCGUGUACUUAAACUGAACAAAAUUGUUUUAUGCGGAUCUUUGUUUCCUUGCAUGUUCUUCCGCUUGUUUGUAGAUGUCUUUUGGCUCAUGGGGAGAAAAUAACAACUGCUCUGUAUGCUCAUUAUGAAGACGGAUUUCCAUAUUCUCGAGGCAGGCAAUAUUGCUAUUCAUCUUUCAGUACAUAAGGGGAAUUUUAUUUUACAUAGCAUUGCAUUAUUUUCAUCCCAUUUGUCAAAAUUAAGUUUGGUUUUUUGGCAGUUUUGUAUGUCUUAUCUUUCUUACAUUCUUUUUGCUAAAUAUAGGUUACCCUGAAAAUGUGCAUGGGGAAGAGGCAUCCCAAGAUUCUUAUUUUGUUUCUUUUGUCUGAAAUUGCUUAUUUUGGAUUAUGUAGAGAUAUGAUGGUGCAUAUUUCUCUUCAGACAGUCAGGUUAAUGAAAGCCAAAGCAUUAUACUGAUGAAAUUUGCACCCUCUAGGCUGUUAGUGGCAACACUGCUUCUAAACUAAGUGACAUCUUAUGAAGUUCCACUAUCUCGUAGUUGAGGCUGCUGGAAUCUCAACCCCGUCCAUCAGUUAUUGGUUGCAACUUUCUGUCUCCUGUUUUAUUACUCGGCUCAUUUUUUUCCUGGGCAUGUAUCAAUAUUAAUUUAUUGACUUUUCUUUCAUCAUACAUAUCGGGAUGCUGAUAUUUAUUGAUUUUAUGUGAUUCACCUUCUGUUUGUAUAUCCAGAUGUUUUCUUUGUUUAAGUAGUUUCGUUCUUACUUAUUUCUUUGGCAAUCUGUAAUGCAACCGGUUGGCUGAUAAGUUCAUAUAAUUUGCUUGAUUUUGGAAGUUUCUAGAGUCUGCCCUCAGGUUCAUGAUGUACAUCUUUUGUCGAAGGUAUGGAGUACGAUUUUAUGAGUGCUGAAAGCUUGUCUCAAGUGCAAAAAUUAUCACGUUCUCAUUGCUCGACAAUAUUUUGCAUAGUAACAUUAGAUUUUUAUUUUUAUUUUUUAAGGACUUUAUUUCUUAUGCCCUAUGGUGUAUUUAUCUCCUUCAAUCAAGUCAUAGAAUUUUCGAAUUUAGAUGACUUGAUACAUGUGGAAUGUUGUUGAUUGAAGUGCGUUUAUUAUUCAAAGAUGAACAUUGGAAUCAAUUGAUCGUUUGGGUCCAAAUGUCUGCACAGUAUCAAACCUUAUGUAAUUGUGGUUCGAUAUCAGGUAUCACAUGAACGUGUUUUUAUAGUGUAAUAUCAUAGCUUCUGUAUUUGAAAGACUUGUUUGUUUCUCAUGCUGGGAACGCUACAGGCCAUCUGGAAGAAUAAGUGGUUUUGGGGGCGGGGGUUGGUUCUCUGGGCAAUUUGCAACGUCUGUUGUCAUUGCAGAGAAGUUAGUUGUGCUACUUCUUGGCUGUAGUGCAGUCCAGUAGUUAACAUUCACUCUUGGUGUUGGGUAUUAAAAGAUCCCAAGAAUUGUGGCCUUCAAGAACAUAGUUGUCUGGUGUCUCAAGUUUGGAUAAUCAAGCAACUUGUUUGAGCUUGGCCUGGAGUUAGUCCUAAGAUAUGCGGCCACUUGAAGAGUUAGGGCUAUUGUUGGAGUGCUCAAGCCAAUGGGAACCAUGUUGGCGUGGCGUAUCAUGCGACUUUGUUGAUGAUAUUUUUGUUAAUAGCUGAGUUGUGUUAGUUACUACCUGUACAUUACAUUGGAACAAUGCCAUUUAGUCUAAAUGCUAUAUUCAAUUUUUUUAAUUAGUAUUAUGUGAUGUCGCUUUCUAAACUUAUACGGAGUCCGUUUCCAGGAUUAGACGUUUGCAGUUUUUCAUUCAGUUGGUUUAGAGUGUGCUGUAAUUAUUCGGAGUUUGGCUGCUCGUGAAGAAAUUAGAAGCUUGAAUCUCCCCAACUGAUUAGGAACACUUUUCAGCAACGCCAUUAAAUGGGUUUAAUGCUACGAUGCAUAAUUUCUCAAUUGCUAUAGAGAUUAAAGUGUUUACCUUUUCCUUGUCUGUCUCUCUGCUUGACAGGUGAAAAUUGUCUUGGAAACUACUUAUUUAUGUACAAAGGUUUAUGAGGGCUUCCACCUAGAUUUGCGAAUCACUUUAAGGCUUCAGAUCUAGGUCAUGCUUACUAGAAUAAGCUGCCUUUCGGUUGAACUUUGUGCUUCAUUCUUCUAGUUUCUAAGUUGUAUAAAAUUCAGUGUUUUCACGUGCAUCAAGGCCAAAAGAACUCCUUGCUUUUAUGAAGUGUACUAAUAUAUCUAAAUGAUAUUCAUUUCAUGCUUAUUAUUUUUAUCUCAAAAGCUCAGAUUGACAUAUAGUAUCCCGCUAAAAUGCUACGUGAAAAAUAUACGGGCUAGAGAAUCUCUCCUGUAGUGAACUGUGCUUGCAUAUGAUAUGGUUGUCUCAGUUCUGGUGGAGGCACUCGAAUUCAAUGUAUUUCAUUUUGGAAUCUUUAAAUACACGUGACCUUUGUGCCAUAUUACCUUGACAGUCAUCUUUCGUUGAUGAUUGCCUGAAGAUUGCCUGGCUAAGCUUUCACAUCUUUCUUCAGUGUAAUCUAAACUUUUGUGAUAUCAAAAUUUUUAAAUAUAAUUUAUUCUUGAAUUGUCUAAGACACUUUAUGUAAUGUGUUUUUGGGGUUCUUAAGUUGUUAUGAAAAUCAGUGGUCUUCAUGCUGUAUGGGUUUUUGCACUUUUCUAGAAAUUUUAUUGGUAUUACUUUUCCUUGAUAUGCCUUGUGAAAUGCAACCUUCGUUUCCCCGCUAUUAGCGGCUUAUAAAUCCUGUUUUUGUUGCCACAGAGGGCUGAUGCAUCAACUGUUUGGAAGGAGUUCACUACUCCAGAUGGCAGGAAGUGGGUUUUAGUUUUUCACUUUGAACCAAGUUAUUCUGUUUUGUUGUGAUCCAGAUAGCACUCUGUGGAUAUUGCAGGUACUACUAUAACAAAGUUACAAAACAAUCAAAAUGGACAAUUCCUGAUGAACUGAAGGUUCGUGAUAGUCCCUUCAGAUAUUCUAUAUUUCAGUAGUUUGCUUUCAAACUCUUUUGAUCGUCGCACAUCCUUCCCUGCAUGUGUUGUAUCUGCUUUCCAGUUGGCUCGAGAGCAAGCAGAAAAGGGUGCAGCUCAGCAAGCACAGUUAGAAACGUCUGCUCCUGCUGCAGCUUCUGUUUCUGUAGAGAUACCAUCAUCCACUGCAACCAGUGGCACAACUUCUGUCAUGGUGUCUGGUGUAACAUCCAGCCCUGUUCCUGUGACACCUAUUGUUUCUGCUGUAAAUGCAACCACUGUGGCGGCGUCUGGGUCACCAUCUGUAUCCACGGCUGCUCCUGCUGCAAUUCCAGUGAGCACAGGCUUGGGAGCUGAGAUCAUUCCUCCUGUGUCUGUGUCUGCUUCAGAAAAUGCUUCUCUUUCUGCAUCAGUGGAUGCUACAGCCACAACAACAAAGUAUUGGCUCUACUGACUAGUUUUCUUUUGAUAGUAUCUCAAUUUGUGUACAUUGUGAACUAAUAUGAUAUUGUUAUUAUUAUUAUCUGAUAUUAACACUGGCAUAUCUAAUUUCUUUGUUUCUCUCUUCUCGGUUUUAGAAGUCUUGAUGCCACUUCAACCCAAAAUGUUGAAGCUAUCAUAAAUGGUACUUCUGCUCAGGAUCUGGAGGUAAGAUAAUCUUGAGUUAAUUAGCUUCGCUAGAUUUUCUCCAUUGUUAAUGACAAAAUUGUCUGCUGCAUGCCUAAAAGUUAAUCAGAUUAUGAUAGUUAUCAUAAAUGCCUAAUCAUUUCUUUACUUGUAGUUAGCAUCCUAUGGUAUUAAGUGGUUCUUAACUGAUCUGAUCGCGAUUCAUGAAUAUUCAAUUUGAAUACGGUCUAAAAUUUUUAUGUUUCGCGUUCCAAAGUUAAUCAGAUUGUAUUCAGAACAUUUUUCAUUUGUUUCUUUGCGGUGUAUGCAGUUGUUUAGUCUCCAUUGCUAAGUAAACGUUGACUAUUACUGUCUUGUUUUUGAAAUCCAUUCCAGAAAGCUUCUUUUGUUCUUCUUGAGAUCAUUGCGAGGAGACGGAUAUUGCAAAUAAUAGUUUGGUGGUCUGUGUGCUACAGAUUUCUUUAUAAUUAUAAGUCAAGGCUGAAAUUUUCUUUGUGAGAACGUUUUUCCACACAUAUGUGGUUGUCUCAUGAGAUUGUGUCAGCUUCUUUCGAUUCGCAUAGUAGUCACAUCCUGUUCCACUGCCUUUAAGUAUCUGUACUCUUUGGUAAGCUUAGAAGAGUGAUAACCUAGUGUUUUGUGUUUUUCAUUUCAUUUCUUAAUAUUUUUACUAGCUUCUCUAUGAUGGUGCUUCUUGCUUUUCUUGGGGAAUUGAUCUCUACUGUAUUUCUUGAAAAUUUUUAGUGCUAAGUCGCUGGGUUUGAAGCUGCCUCUAAUUUAGCAGUGAUUCCGAUCGAAGCGACGGGCCCUUUAUUUGUUUUGGAUGGUGCUAAUAAAUGAAUGAUCUUCUCCGUUUUACGCUUUUAACUGUGUACUGCAAGAGGUCUUGAUUCUGUUACCAUAUUCAUUUAAUGCCUUUGCAGGAAGCAAGAAGAAAAAUGCCAGUUAUUGGGAAGGUUAACGUUACUCCAGCGGAGGAUAAAACAGCCGAGGAAGAACAAUUUAUUUAUGCUAACAAACAGGUAAUGUCUUUAGUUGCUAAGCAAUCCAAUUCUUUCAUAUGAUCAAUUAUAUAAUUAUUUCUUUCAGGAGGCCAAACACGCGUUUAAAGCACUAUUAGAGUCUGCAAAUGUCGAAUCUGAUUGGACAUGGGAUCAGGUAUAUUUUCUUUUCUUAUCAUUCUGGUUUAUUUGGCAUUAAUCUGAGGCUGUGACUUUGGAAAAUUUAUCUCAGGCGAUGAAAGCAAUUAUCAAUGACAAGAGAUAUGGUGCUCUUAAAACUCUUGGGGAGAGGAAACAGGCGUUUAAUGAGGUAAUCCUGUAGUGAACCUGCUCUGUUGAGUUCUUGGUUGUGCUCUGUUUUCUUUCCGUUUCUCUUUUUAUUUCCUCUCUCUGUGCUCUUUUCUGCUGAUCACUUGUUCCGCUUUCAUUUCAUGGUUAUCCUUGGUUUUCCUAGAGCAUUUCGGGCAAUCUCAUUCUUUACUUGAUUUAUGAUGACAUGCCUCUUACCUUUGAUUAUAUUUCAGUACUUGGGUCAACGUAAGAAGCAGGAGCUCGAGGAGAGACGCAUUAAACAGAAGAAAGCUCGAGAAGAUUUUACAACAAUGUUGGAAGUAAGUUACAUCACACUUGUGUAUAUUAAUAAUUAUUAUCUGCUCCUUUUCUGACGGUUCUUAAUAUGCCAAUUUGUGUAGGAGUGUAAAGAACUCACAUCAUCUACAAGAUGGAGGUGCGGUUCUCUCUUCCUUUACAUCUUUGUGUGCAUCCUGCUCUCCUUUCUUCCCACCGUGUGAUAUACGUUCAUGGGUGAUGCUAUACCAUCAGGGAACUACUUAUGUAUAGUUCUUUUUCCAUUCUCCCAUGGAAGUCGAUUUCUAAGGACUGGGUUGCUUUGAUGAAUUUAUAUUGCUUGCUGUGUUUUGAUGAAUAUGUAUUAACUUCAAAUGCGUUUUACUUUUUAUGCUCAGCAAAGCUGUUACCCUGUUUGAGGAUGAUGAAAGAUUCAGUGCUGUUGAACGACCAAGAGAACGUGAAGAUCUUUUUGAAACUUACAAGCUAGAACUUCAGAAAAAGGUUUCGUGCAAUAUUUGUUUCGUGUAAUAUUUUUUUUAUUUUGCAAUCUUCUUGAUGCCAAUUCUUGUUUUAUUGAUGUGGAUCAGAUUCGUUCUAUGCUAGUUUUGUCUUGAAAUCAUGAAUUCCUUAGUAAUGAAGACCGUCUCUUCAUCUUUAUGGUGAAAAAGUGGUUAGACAGCUGCCAUUGGCAUAUAGAUUCAGUAAGCCAUUUGAAUAUAUGAUAGAAAAGAAAACUGUCCUUUUCCUUGCCAGCCUUAAGUCUGAGCAUCCAAUCAGGGUAGCCUUGUUUACUUGUGAGGAAAGGGAAUCUUUCUCGUCGCUCCAAGGAAAUGAUGAUCAAGAUGAGAUAAUUAUAGCUGAUUAUUUGACAUAUCUUGAAGAAAUUUCAAUACACUCAGACGGAAUAAGCAGCUAAUGACUUGUUCGUGGUAUCAUUAUUUAAUCAAUACACAAGUUUUUCCCUCCACGUUCAAGGGUAAAGAUCAUUUGGAUAUGGCCGAGAAAGCCUAAUAUUGGGAUAAAAAGGCAUGCUCCAUUGUUAGGGCCAUGUACUGAUAUCCAAUGAUAAAGGCAUGGAGUCUACAUCAUUUGUUAACCUGUUACAUGCAAGCUGCCUGCUAGAAUUUCACAGUUCAUGCUAGGCUAGAUGAAAUACUGUAGGCAGCUCCAAUGCUUGUGCUUUACAAUCGGUGGGCUUUCCUCGAUCAAUAGGGACGACUCUGAAUUUUUUCCGUGGUAUGACUGUUUGGGGGAACAUGAACUAUGGCUUAUUGGUCGUUUUCUACAAUGGUGCUUGUCUACUGUGUGGUGUGGUGCAGUAUUAUUUUCAAUGUUAAUAUCUUCAGAUGUUUAUAUCCGUGUAGUUGCCACUACACAUAAUCCUUCAAAUAUUACGUUCAGAGUGUCAAGGAUUCCUUAUGAGUGGAAAAUUGUGACAAUGGUUCGCAGUCGGAUGGCUAGUUAUGUCAGAAUUGGGAGUGGAAUCAAUCAUGCUAGGUUUUGACGAGUUGAUAGAAUUGUUUCAUCUUCAGUCUCUGGCAUGUUACAAUAUCCCAGUCUCUAAACCCUCUUACAAAAUCUCCUAUCGAAGUUGCCAAAUGUCAAAGUUGGAACACAGACUUCAUAAUAUCAGGUUUCUAAUGUAGUAUUACACUAUUAUAUCAAUGAAAGGCAAGCCUGCUAUGGUCUCAUUGGUUAUUGAUGCUUGUUGUUCCAUUUGUAUUAUUCAACUGACCAUUGUCAUAGAAUUUCCUGUGCAAUGUUAAAUGUUGGCUAACUUUUUCAUCAUGUUGAAUAUGGUUGGAUGCAGGAAAAGGCAAAGGCUGCAGAGGAGCAUAAACAGAAUAUAAUAGAGUACAGAGCUUUCCUAGAAUCGUGUGACUUUAUCAAGGUUUGUGUAAAGAUAAAAAUAAAGGAGUUUGCAGGAUUUAUCCUAAGGAAGAUGGUCUCUACAAUGUUGUUUUCCUGUAUGGCAGGCAACAAGUCAAUGGCGUAAAGUUCAGGAUCGUCUUGAAGAUGAUGAAAGAUGCUCUCGGCUUGAAAAGAUUGAUCGCUUGGAAAUUUUCCAGGUACUUUCAAUCCAUAUUGUCACCUAUCACAGUUUUUGUUGACAAUAUUUGCUAAUAUAUCCAAUGGCAGGAAUACAUACGUGACUUGGAAAAACAAGAGGAGGAGCAACGAAAGAUACAAAAGGUGCGUUCUGUUAAAACAAUGUACAUGGAUCAUAAUCCCAUAGUUUUGCUUAUAAAUACAGUGUUUAUCUUAUGUUCAUGAUUUAGGAGCAACUAAGACGAACAGAGAGAAAAAAUCGUGAUGAGUUCCGGAGGCUGAUGGAAGAGCAUAUUGCUGUUGGCAUUCUUACUACUAGGACUCACUGGAGAGACUAUUGUUUGAAGGUAUGUGGGUGGAAAGUUUUAUUGAAAUUAGAAUUGUUUCCAAUAACCAUGAAUUACGUAUUCGUAAUGAUUUCAUGGAACAGGUUAAGGAUUUGCCACCAUACAUAGCUGUAUCCUCAAAUACAUCGGGUUCUACACCCAAAGAUUUGUUUGAAGAUAUGGCUGAAGAACUAGAGAAACAGGUUAAUCUUUUUUGCCAGAAUUGUUUAAUAAAAUUAUCUUCUUUUGAUUCUAAGUCAAUUAGUUAUACUUUAGUUAUCUUGGUGUCCAACUUCUGUUUGAAAUGUAUGAUGAGUAGGUGUUUUCCAAAGAGAAGUUUUAUUUUCAUCCUCUGGUUUCUCCCCAUGGCGGACAGAAUUUCCCUUUAGGCGCAUCCUUGUCCUUCAUUGAGCUGUCUGCUUGAAUAUUUUUCAAUGUGUUUGAACGCUAUGAGUUCAAUAGUUCCAUUUUUAGUGACGUUUAUUAUCCUUUAGUUGACUCUUUCAUGAUUGGAGAUGUGACCUUGCGUUGGUACCUGACACGGAUGUCAAAGUAUUUUGGGAAGGAAUGAUUUUCCCGCAUUCUUGCUAUCUGAACCUCCAAAGAGACUUGCCAUCUGUCUGAAAAAGUGGUCAUAUAAAACAUCGUAAAAAGCGUUAAUUUAUGAUGUUUCUCGAUGUUAGUAUUGUAUGAAAAUGCACCGGGAAAGGAUACCAUCUGUUUCAUCUGUUCUGUGUUUUUUAUUUAAUUUUGGUUUAUGGUGUUUUCUGAUACCUGAGAUUUCAGCAACAUACUGAGUAGCGCCUAUCUGAAGUGGCUUGUUCAUUGGUUCCUUCUUCGUAGUAUCUAAUACUCCCUAGACCAAGAGCACCUUCAUGUUUCCCUGUGCACGCUUUAUCAGACUUUGGGGAGCGAAUCGUUCUUCUCUCUGGGUUUUCUUUAUUAGGAGGCUACAGAUGUCUACAGAUAUCUUUCAUCUCUUCACAGGACAGACUUGGGCACAAGUGGGAGGAAAAUGGUGAUAUGCAAAGGUUAAUAGAACCGUCUUCACAUAUUAAGCUCAAAGAGAUAUUAGAUAUCUUUUUUGGACCGGAGUGAAAUGCUUAUUUUCUUCUUCAUUGUUUCUGUUGAGUAUUAAUUGGUGGAAUUUGUGAUUGUAGAGUAACAUCUAUUGUCGGAUGUUGUUAAAAUACUAUUGAAUCCUUGGUUUUCUUAUUGAUAAAUCGGAUGGAUAAUUUUUUUUUGCGACUGUGUGACACUCUCUGGCUGUUUUUAUCAAAGUAUGAAGGCUUCUCGCACAUAACUCAAUAGAUUACAUGUCCCGUCGUACUAUUUUCUGUAGAAUGGCUAAAUGGUCAGUAUACAUAUCUACCUCCCUUGUCAUUCAAUCUUUUACACUUGAACACUGUACAGAAGGUUUCUUCGCAAGAUUUAAAAACUGUCAUAUUGGGGUCCAAUGUGCGAUUUUCAUCUUCUUGCUGCUUUAUGCUUUAAGCGCGUAUUACAGAAGCCAAGAAAUGCAAAAUGCUUUGUUGCUACUAGACUAGAGUUUUCACAACGGCAGACUACCAUUGACAAAGAAGAGGGCGAAGUAGUGAGCAGCUGAGGUGGUAAGGGUGCCUAGGAUAACCUGUUGGCUUUUUUCUAAUCCACAAAUGACAAGAAAGAUGGUUUUACUGAACCAAUAUAAGAGACCCCUUGCAUUAGAUAUAUUUCGGGGGUGACGAAGAGCACCUUAGGCAAACUAAAUAAUUUUGUAUACCAUUAUGACGAAAGAAACACUAGAUUACUGAUGUAGCAUGAUAUGGACAUUUGCUGAAAGGAAUAUUUUGUGGGAGUUAUUAGUUUUUAGAAAGUGGACAUGACCAAGUGAACUAAUGGUGUGUAGAUCAGGGUAGAUAACUACCUAGGUUUCCAGAAAAAAUCGAUCAAAGAAGAAAUGCCUUACCCUCGCAUUAUACCAGGGAACAUCUAUUCAGGGGAAGUAUCCCGCCAAUGUAACAAUUACUACAUCCAUUUGGUCCUUGUACUACAUGUGUACCAUUUGUUUGUCACCACCUAAGCUAAGGUCUGAGCUCAGCCACUAGUAAUAUUCAUAAUCCUGUUCUCCAAAUGGUAAAGGUUAUAGAAGCUUGUCUCCUGUAAAUCUUAUCCAGUAAGAUCUCCAAUGUAUCAGCGUACAGUUUAACCUAAUUCUUCAAUUUACCAAGAACAGUGAACUCUAACUCUAAUUGUGCAUGCUAAAGUCUGUGGGUUUGGAGAUCCGGUUCCCCCACAUUUUGUUUUUGAUUCCUUCUUCAAAUGUGAACUGCUUAAAGUGAAAAAAGUGUAGCGAAAUCGUUUUGAAUUAUUAAAAAUUUGUCACGGGUCCUAACUGUUGCUUUUAUGUAGGAAAAUGUAUGAAUGUACAGAAAAUGUAGUCUUGCAGUUUGAUUAUUAUGGUUCAUAACUAUGAAAAUACCAUGUUACAUUGGUUGUCGAUAUGAAAUUGCAAGCCUGAAUAUUUGACCUUCGUGACCAAUCUAAAUAUGACAGUUAGCACUUACGAUUGUUUUUGCCCCCCCCCCCCCCCCCCCGGGCGAAAAAUAGCACUUCUGAAUGGCUGGGAGUGUGGUGAUAUUUUGAACAUUCUGAGUAGCUGCGAACUAUGUGAACUGAUAUAGCAAAAUCAUUCAGCUGUUUGCUUUUUAGUUAAGCUGUUAUAUGUAGUUGUGAGGUUCCGUGGGUCUUUUGAAGGGAUAUGAAGUUUUGGGCACGCUUUUCCCUCAUGAACGUUUGGUAGCAAUGACCUUUUAUCUGUAUUGCUGUAGGUUGACUGUAUGGUCGUGUCUGAGGCUUUAUAUGCUACGCAUCCAGGGAUAAGAAAUUUCGUCCAUACAUUUUUUCUCUUUGAAUUAAUCACUUAUGGCGAUUAUUUCUUACAGGUCCUUUUCAUGAGUACUACUGAGUUUUUGAUGUGGACUUGUCUCAUUUUGAUAAGAUUUAGUCACCUCUCAUGCUGUUAUCUCUCCACCAUCAAACUGUUUGGAAAUUUUUGGAACACCGGACUUCCCACAUGCAACUACCUGUAAUUUCGAUGUCGCGUUUUUUAUAAAACAUGUACAUGUUAUUCCUUAUUAAGAUGUGAGGUCAGCUUGUUUUGUGUCUGCCAUUGUUAAGAGCAUUUUUCUUACAGCUUUCUUACCCUUUUUCUUGCUAGUAUCAUGAAGACAAGACUCGGGUUAAAGAUGCCUUAAAGAUGGGACAGGUGCACAUUUGCCUUUGUUUUGUCUUCUCUUCUCUCGCAUUACUCACAUUUCUCAUCUCAAUGCAAUUAUUUUUGCAGAUAACCCUGACAGCAUCGUGGACAUUUGAAGACUUCAAGGCUUCUGUUCCUGAGGAUGAAGUUUUACAAAAGAUAUCUGAAACUAAUUUUAAGGUAAGAAGUUUAUGUUUAUCAAGGAACUAAAUGAUUAACAUCCGCCUUAUUCAAUAUUUUUAGUUUGUUAAAUAUCCACCAAAGUUUUUCAGUAUGCAUCUAGUGAUUAACAAAGAAAAUAUAUCCGUAAAUAUUCCCCAGAAAUGAAACCUGAUCAAUGCUACUUUAAAAGCUGAUACGCAUACAAAGGAUACAAUUUCUUCACUCAAAAAAUUCUCUCAUUUAGGUAAAUAUUAUAUUCUCCCUAGUUGAAAGAAGCUCACCUGUUUUCUCUCUGUCAGCAUGCCCCAGUCAUCAUCAUAUUUCUUGAUUUGUCAUAGAAGUAGCCUUACCUUUUAUUAUCUUCCUGAACGUCCUGGAUUUUUAUUCGUUCUGUCCCACGCAGUGCAUGGCACACCGGCAUUCUGACGACGUGAGAAAAAUAAUGAUAUUUAAUUUUUGUCACUAUUCUGUUUUUAACUGUCACUUUUAGGACGAAUAGUGGUCUAUCUUCCUAGGUUUUUAGUGGGCUUGUGGCGAGAUAGAUUGGAUGAGAUUCCCCUCUGCUUUUUUAAGUUUGUUAGUCUCUUUUGUUUUUCCAUCAUGUUGGUGGAGCACAUUGAUGGUGGGUUGAUUUUUUUUUUGAGAUCUCUGUUAUGCUUUAGUUGUUGGCUUGUUGAGAAUUGACAUGUUUCUCGCUGAAUUAUAUAGUGGCUACCAGUCCGUGUGAUCUUGACCGAUUUCUUAUGUUAUUACUGUUUGCACUCCUGUGUUAAUAGUUUUUAACUUCUUGAGUCAAAAUGUGAUAUAACUGUUUUUGAUGUUGCCUAAUUUUUGAUGUUUUAUAACUGUUUGCGCUCCAGUGCUAGUUGCUUCUAGAGAUAUUUUUAUUGAGGCCUUCAUAUUUACAAUUCAAUAAAGCCGAAGGGAUUGCUAUAUCUGUUCAGGUCUGAUCCAUACUGGAUCAGCCAGAUUGGGUCAUCCGAGGAAUAAGCUUGGUUCCCGUAUAACGAAAAAAGAGGAAAAGAGUAAGGAUAUUGUAAAGUAGAAAACGUACUGUUCUUACUGGAGAGGGAGGCUGAUGGGAGUGUUAGACCAGUGGUAGCACCAGGUGGUAUUGGGAUGCUGGAAUGGAUUACCAUUAACAAAGUCUAUGAGGUUACACAUCACUUUGGAUUAGUUGCGGCUGGAGGUCUCCACAUCCUUGUAUGGUCCAAUUUUAAUGUGUUGUUUUUUGAUGCGAUUGAGAGAGGUAGGCCUAUUUUGAUUCAGAAACCAGUACUUUUGGAUCUGUUAUCCAAGUUGAGGCCCAGAGUUGGGUCUUCAAAAGUUGACAACCGACAAUGUGUGGUUUCACACCUUAGUAGUUGUUUCUUUGUUACAGUCCCACAUGGUGUGACCAUAAAAACUAAUUAUGAUGAAACUUAAUCUUUCCAUCAGCGUUUGGAACACCAAUUCGGAUACCCAUAAAUAAUUCUAUGGAACCCAGUAUUUCUAAGAGGGCUCUUCCUUUUAUCUUUUAUAACGAAAAUAAUAUUUAUUUAUAAAUGCACAUAUUUUUUGGGCCGUUGAAUAUCUAAUUUUGUUUUGGAUAAAUUUUAUUCACAUAUGAGAUUUAGUGCAUGUUUACUCAAAAAGGUAUAAAUGAUCGCGGAGAAGAUAGCGAUAUAGAGGGUUUCGAGGAUGGUUAAGCUUAGGCAAGGUUUUACCUGAUGUAUUCAAAGUGAUAUCCUGAUGCUAUUUUUCGGAGGUUGCACCAAAGCUGGAUGUGCUGAUAAAAGCGAUGGUGAGGGCAGCUUUCUAUUCGUCAGUUGGUGAGAUGCUUAUUGCCUUUGGACUACAUAUUAUUGAGCAUAAAAGUCAUGCAGGGGUGGGAUUUGUUCAGUUACCCAGUCUAUCAGGCGUCUGGUUCUGGAAAAAUUACCUCGCGUCCUCUUUGUAAUCCACCUGUUUGAAUGACUUAGUGGACGAUAGGGAGUUUUCGCAAUAUUAAGGGAGACGUGACUGAUGUAGGUGAAUAUAGAGCAUUUAAGCUUUACUCAUUUGAGCUCCUAGGUGAUACCAGACCUUGAGCUUAUGAUUUUACUGGGUAUUAGCCACUUUAGAGAAAAAAAUUGAGAUUUUAUGGCCAUAUGUAAUAUGCCAAUAUUGUUAUUUUAUUUUAAUUCUCUAUAGGGUACCUGAAAUUUUUACUUGUCCUUCAUUUUUUAUUGAUCCAUGAAAACUAUCCAAUUUUUAUUAAUUUGUGGCAGCUAACUUAAUAAUCAUCUCCCUUUUCUAGAAGCAGUAGGGGAGGAUAUUACAAACAGGCUUCUUUUCGUUUCACCUUUCCAAAUAAAGGGUGAGAGAUAUGAGAGAUAUGGUUAGAAAGAGGGCAAUGAGGGAUCGUAGUUAAUGGGGAGCUAAAUGCAUAUAACCGUGUUCUGUAAUCUUGCUCAAGUUCAGACUGGCUUUUGCUAAUUUGGGACCCUGUCUGAUUGUUUCUCUUAUCUGGACAUGCACAUCACACACUUAUUCUCCAAGUUCUUUGGCUCUGUUUCGACUAAGACUUUCAGUCGUAGACUGAGUUUUAACUUGUGCUUUUCGAUCUUUCACUUUGCCACACUUAUUAUUUAUUUCUUAAGCCUUUCCUUCAUGGCGGUUCCCUGUGUCUCUGUUAGGCCCAGGAUCCUAUCAGUCUCUAACCAAGAAAACUUACUAUGAUGUCCUAGGUAAGAUAAACGGAUCCAAUAGCUACUACCAAUAAUUAGCCAAAGUACUUGAUCUUGUAGAUUCGUUCUUAGAUAUUCCUUUGCUUUUGAUGAAGACUGUCGUUGUGGUGAAUGGAAAACUGGUUACUGUGCUUACGUCUUCGAUGAUAGGUUUAAGUAUGAUAUCCAUGUAUUGGAGAUCUGGUUUUUUUAAUAGAUUACGAAGUCUUCAUUAUACAUUGUUAUGUAUUUACCUUACGCUAAUACUCCUUACACUAUCGAAGCAUGUAGAAUAUUCCUUUCGCAAAUGUUUAUUAAUCCUCCAAAAUUGGUUUUAGAUUUCCAUAUCUUGGAGGCUUGUUUAAGUCAGCGAUAAGUCUUACUUACACUGGGUAGUCUUCUUUAUCUUCAGCUUAUAUUUGAUGAACUAAUGGAAAGGCAGAGAGAGAAGGAAGAAAAGGAAGCCAAAAAACGCCAGCGUUUAGCUGAUAACUUUUCUGAUCUGCUUUACUCUAUAAAGGUAUCUCGGUGCUCGUUUAAGUUUGAUAGAUGGCAUUUACAGCUGAAGCUUUUGCAUCAUCAUCACAUUCCUUUAAUGGGAAAAUUUGUAUCAUUUCUGGUACUCUAGGAGAUUACAGCGUCAUCCAGAUGGGAUGAUUGCAAGUCUUUGUUUGAUGAGACCCAAGAGUACAGGUUUGUACCUUUUUCUCUGACUUCGAUAUUCUUUAAAUGAUUUUUGUGAGAUAUUGGUGUGUGCAUUUUUAGAUCCCUUGGCGAAGAGAACUUUGGAAGGGAGAUUUUUGAGGAAUAUAUAUUGCACCUGCAAGAAAAAGUUAAAGAAAAAGAACGCAAGAGGGAUGAAGAAAAGGUAACGUUUUCUGCUUCUCACGAUUCAAAAGAAAAAAGUACCACCUUGUCCGUGCAUGCUAGAUGGAAUCUUUAUAUUCAUUUAGGUUGUGUUUAGUUAACUUUCAUGCCAUGGAAAUUAAUGUUUUUAGACAAUCACCAUUGGUAUUCACUAAAAUGUAAUCCCUGCAUCAGUUGACGUCGUAGGUUGGUUCCCCGACAAUUUCAACCAUCUUAAUUGUACGUUAUAUUCUUCCUAUUGUUAGUACCGUUUAAUAUUUUCCUGUAACGCACUUUCAUAAUUCUUUUUAGUUUUCAGUUUUAUUUUACCAGCACUUGAUUAAUCCUUUCGCUCUGUCAUUGGGCAGUAGUAAAAUGGGAAGGUGGGUUCUCCUCAUUUUGGCUUUAUUUCUUGCUACUUUCUCCUUUUCCUUGUAUCUUGCUGCUAAACGUAUGCCUUUCAUCUUCAUAUGGACUUAUUACUAAUUUCUAAAUAUUAUAGCGACCUUUCUAUUCUUCUUUCCGCGUAUGGUUUGAUGUUUAUCUGAUUAUUACCUCCAAAGUAAUGGGCCAUUUUGGUGAUUAGUCACCUGUAUUUGAUUGUGCCUGAAUUGUGGCCGGUUUGACAUGUCUAGUGGGACGAGUAACAUAAAACUCAGAUUUAUGGGUGUAUUCAAUACUUCCAAAAUGAAAGGGGAAUUGAUUCAUGGCCGAUUUUGUAUCCGAUAAAUAAGAAUUGCUGGUUAUAGCUCGUGAAAAAAAUUAUUUUCCUAGUUAAGUAAGCAAAUAUAUCUCUUUGGCCCCGGAUUUUGACGGUAAGAUCUCCUGCAGGCGAGGAAAGAAAAGGAUAGAGAGGACAAAGAGAAGAGGGGGAAGGAUAAAGAGAGAAAAGAAAAGGAGAGGGAACGCGAGAAGGAGAGGGGGAAAGAACGACCGCGGAAAGAUGACACGGAGAGUGAUAACAUGGAUGUGCCCGAGGGUGGCCAUGGUCCAAAGGAAGACAAGAGGAAAGACAAAGACAGAGAGAGGAAACACCGGAAACGUCAUCACGGCGUAGCAGAUGAUGUGAGCUCUGAUAAGGAUGAGAAAGAGGAUCCCAAGAAGUCUCGGAGGCAUAGCAGUGAUCACAAGAAGUCCAGAAAAGUACGGAUUCAAACUUCGCAACUUGUGCUUCGAUGUUAAUUGUGGCAUGUGUUAUUCAACUUCACAGCAACUCUUUGAAUCUCACUGCUCUUCUUCCUCCCCUUAUUCUGCAGCAUGGCUACACCACCGACUCAGAUAGUGAGAGCCGCCACAAAAGACAUAAGAAGGAUCGAGAGGGCCCCCGGAGGAACGGCGUCUAUGAAGAGCUCGAAGACGGGGAACUCGGAGAGGAUGGGGAAAUCCGUUAG